ACUCGUAAGAAUCAUUAUGCUUACCUUGUUUUUGCACUUAAUAAACAGUUUGCACGUUUGAUUAUAGUAUUAAAGUAUGAAAGAACAAAUCACUUAUUUUUAUAUCUAGUGAAUAACGAGGAACCAUAUUUUGUAAGUGGGAAUAUAAAUUCCUUCGUGCUAACAAGACUGAACGAUCAACUUGUCAAAAACACUUAAUGCAUUCAGCAAUGUAUUUUGUCAUAUGCCUGUUCUUUUGAGAAUGUGGAAUUAUUACGAUAGUGUGUAAAUAUGUUCUUUAGAUGAUAAAUUUUAUGAUAACGUAACAUUAUGUCGCAGGUCGUUAUCGAAUUCAAAGGGACGUUUAUAACUUUAAUUGUACAAAAACGAAGCAUAUUCAGUCCAGUAACUGUGUUUAUUUGCUCCUGCCUUUCUAACAUGAUGUUAGGUCCUGGACUUUAUGAGCUCAAUUUCAGAUAUAUGUAAGUCAUAGACAUACGAUAAUACGGCAGAUAAUACCUUAAUCUGCAUUGUUUAUGUUGAACAAAAACAUACAAGGAUUGAUUGUUCCACCGGAUUUGUAAGCAAAUUUAUAUUGGAUUUACAAAACUACAGCCGGCUUUAACAAAAUACAUGUGCUUGUAUUUACAAAUGUGAAUACAACCACGUCUUUAUAAAAAAAAGAAUUAGUGACACAGAACAGCAUUUACAUACAUCUACAACUUGCUUCGAUAAUUAUUGGUUAACAAAGCGAAUAAUGGAGACAUCAAAUGAAACAACAUCGUCUGAAAUGGUUACAAAUGGAGUUGCAAAUUACAGUGAUAUCUAUCCAGUGCGGGGCCCUCUUGUUGUUCCUAUAUAUCAGCAAGUGAUUAUAAUAACUAUGUACAGCAUCAUUAUUCUUCUAUCAGUCUGCGGAAACUCAAUCGUCUGCUACAUUGUUUUCUCUUCAAAGAGAAUGCGAACUGUGAUGAAUUUUUUCAUCGUCAGUCUCGCCUUAAGUGACAUUUUAAUGGCCGUUAUAUGCAUUCCAUUAACGUUUGUUGCAAAUCUCGUUAUAAAUUCCUGGCCAUUCGGCGAUACUUUAUGCCCUGUCGUGACAUUUCUUCAAGUUGUCACUGUCUUCAUGAGCUCCUUUACUCUUGUUGCAAUAAGUUUGGAUCGUUACUCGGCUAUAGUGCACCCACUGCGACCAAAAAUGACUAAACGGCAAGCGUUUAUUGUGAUAUCUAUUAUAUGGGCUCUAUCCGUUUUUAUUCCACUCCCGACGGCUAUAACGUCAGAGGUUCACCAAUAUAUCAACGAUACUAGCGCGCCAUAUUUCUGUGAAGAGGUUUGGGAGAAUAUAAUGAUGCAAUCUAUUUACAAUGCUAUUAUUCUCGUAUUUCAAUAUUUCAUUCCGCUCAUGAUACUUAUAUUUACCUACGGGAGGAUCAUAUUGGUUCUGUGGAUCAAAAAGCCUCCAGGCGAAGCUGUCUCAGACCGUGAUGAAAGAAUGUCUAAAUCAAAGAAGAAAAUUAUCAAGAUGAUGAUUACUGUUGUUGUAAUUUACUCCAUCUGCUGGCUACCUUUACAUAUUAUCACAAUAGCUGGCGACAUUAACAUCACCUUUUACAAUCUACCAGGAAUGAAUAUUAUGUGGACGGUGGCACACUGGCUAGCCAUGUCAAACUGCAUGUAUAAUCCGUUCAUAUACUGUUGGAUGAAUGCUAAAUAUAGAAAUGGAUUUAUUAAUGUGUUCAGUUGUUUUACAUGUGGAUUAUUAAAAUCACGUGAGGAGAAAAUAGAACUUCAGCGCAUGCGUAGGAGCCACAAUAACACCACCUCGCCUUACAUAAAGAUCGAGGUAAAUACCAGGUCGUGCCCGGGAAAUUCUGUGCCAACCGUGAGAAUAAAAUGGGAGUCGAUCAACCGUCAUGACUCAUUGUAACAGUCUUAGCUUAUGUGCUUACAUUUUCUAUAUCCUCUAAAUGCUAAUGUCAGAAAGCUGUGUAGUGUUACCCUUGUGUACGUCUGUACUGAUGGAAUAUCGUGAUAAACUUAUAUUUCCUUUCUUUUAAUGAGUAAAUCAUGAUAAGGUAGCCUGUUCGGCAUGCUAACACGUUGUAAAGCGUGCCAAAAUAAUGUGUCAUCUUGAAGGCAAAUGUUUCUAUAUUUAUAUUAUGUUCGCAUACUCACUAAAAAUUGGAAGAAUGUAAGUGUAUAAACGUUCGCAUAAUUGGAUAAAAUGAUGAAAUAAUGAAAAUAAUUAGAUGCUUUAAGUAUUUUAGUGUGAGAAUAAAUGUUAUCAGCAUUGGGUCAAAUACCUUAUGAAUAUUGGCAAUUUAAGCAAGUUUAAAACACAAAACUUUUGAUAAAAACAUACCACAUAAUCGUUGCUUACGCUUGCAUAAGACACGUUUUAAGGCUUACGCAUUCUUGAAUAAGUUGGACACUAUAUACUGAUUUACGGUCCCAUAUGAUCAUUACUGUUUUAAUACAGCUAUGGACUAAUCUGAAGAAUAACAUUGAUACACAAUUUGGACUUAUCUGAAGAAUAACAUUGAAACACAAUUUUAUGUCUUAUUUUUACUCCGGUAUUAGUGGGUAUAAACGGUAUUUAAUUAUACCGUCCGUUAACAGAAACGUCUUGAACGUUUUCAGUUUUGCCGUGUUGGACGACGUUCAAGGUUUCAGGUUUAUCUAUUUAGAUAUGAAUUUCUACGAACUAACUGGUAUUGAUGAAAAAUAAUGCUCCAUAUUAUAUGUUUAACAUAAUAUUAUUGUAAGAAAACUGUUAUUCAACAACUUACAUGCAUAUUACUUGUCAUGAGUUUUAGUGUUAUAAAAGUUUUAAGCUUUUGAUAAAUUGGCGAAGGAAUUUCCCAUUGGUGUUAAGUCAGUGUAAUAUAUUAAAACGUUUGAUGAAUACCAAUAGGAUUCUUGAUGUUUUUAUUUGUAAAACAGACUGUCUUAAUGAUAUAACUAUAUUUUCUUUUCAUGUUGUUUUAGAUUCUGUUUCUGUUUGUCAUAUUUUACAUGUGUUGCUU